GGAGGGGGCCAUUCCGGCGUGAUGCUCGGAAGCAAGGCCUUGGUGUGGCGGCAGCGAGGGAGGCCGCGGCGGAGCACUCUGAGGAAGAGGAGCCCGCCAAGGGUCAUGGAGCCGCGGCUCCAAAAUGGCGGCGGCGGAGGAGGAGGCCUCGGAAUAUAACACAGACGUACACUGAAGUCUCUCUUUCAAGAAGGAAAUGGAUCAAGAAAGAGCCAGGAGGUAGGUUGUGCUGGAACACCUGCUGUAUGGAAUCUUGUUCUGUAAUAUGGGGGAAGACGAAGGACUGCAUCAAACACAAUUAUUGGACACAAUGUUUGUACGUGGACUAAAAAGGAAGUGCAUUGAUGGAGAAGAAGAUAUCGAAGGAACAUUAGCUGGCUUCAAAGCUAUUCCUUCAUAUAACCUUCAGCGCCAGUCACUGCUAGACAUGUCUUUGGUCAAACUUCAGCUGUGCCAUAUGCUUGUUGAACCUAAUUUAUACCGCUCGGUACUUAUAGCCAAUACAGUACGACAGAUCCAAGAAGAAAUGACCCAGGAUGGAACUUGGCAGAUGAUAAAUGCACAGAAUUCAGGGCCAUCCUCUCUGGACCGUUUAGUUUCAACAGAUAUUCUCUGCCGUUCCUCAAAGGAGCAGGCUGAAGAGAAGUUUAUUCAAGGUUAUAAUGGCUUCUCAAAAGACUUUGAGGACACACAAACACAAGAGGGUGAAGAAAUUUUAAGACCUCCACUACAAGCUCCCAGAAACCUGCCUACUAACAUGUGGGAAAUGGAGAGCCCUCCAGAAAAUAGAGGAAAUUUUCAUAAAUCUUUAGAUCAAAUCUUUGAAACCUUAGAAACAAAAACUCCUGACUCGGUUGAAGACCUUUUUUCAGAGGUUGACAGUUCAUAUUAUAAUCUUGACACAGUAUUAACAGGAAUGAUGGGCAGUACAAAAAUGGGACAUUGUGAUGUACUUGAAACAUUUCCUCAAGCAGCAGCAAAUCCUAAUUCUAAUUGUAAAUCUGACCUUAAUGAGCUUGAUCAUUUUGUGGAGAUUCUUGUUGAAUCUUGAGGGAAAGGGUGAAGGAGAUAUCCUUUUGAAAAAGCCAGUUCUGAAGUAGUAAAAAUUCCAAAUAGUUUGUUCACUCAAAGCUGCAAAUAAUCUUCCAAAAAAAAACCCCAAACCCACUUCUAUUGCAAGAUUUUGUUACUUUGUAUAAAAUUGAUAUGCAAUUACAUAUUUUCAGUAGCCACAAUUCCAAUGGGUAUUCUACACAAGCCUAUGAGCUGGCAUGAACCCAGUAGGUCUUCCAGAUUUUUUUAGCAUGAAACACCACCACCUUCCCUCAGUGCCAUAUCACAAACUGCUUUGGAAAGUCCCUGGUGUUUCAACAGAUGCUUAAAAGAUCCAUGGGUGCGUAGGUUUGAUCCCACACUUUGCAUUUUGCCCAUAGAUCUUCCCCUUUGAUCCCAACAAUUAAAUUAUAUUGAUUUCCUAACCCUUUCUAACAUUAAGGGAUCUAAACUGCUAUAGUAAGAUUCCUCCCUUUGACCAUUAAAUAUCUCCCUGCAAGCUACUAGUCUCUUGUCCUUAAUGUACAGAGAGUGGCUUUAAUGUCCUCAUCCUAGAUCAACAUAGAUACUGUCUAGGCUGAAAACCUUUCAGCAACCUUUUACAUUUUUCCCUUGCUCAAUUGACUGCAGUGAGACUAUCUUAGAAGUAAUUGGUUUGAGGACCAAAGACUUGAGUUUUCCUCUGUCCUUAAUUCCAAGCAAAUACUUAACUGACAACAUUCUCUACAAUUAAUUUACCAGACAUGCUGUUGAAGAGCCAUAAAGCAGUGGUUCCCAAUAUCCUAGCUAGCUUUUUCUGUCACUUGCUUUCAUUUUUUUUAAAAAAAAAAGAAUAGUUAUAGUUUUUUAAAAGAAGUCUUUAUCAGUGUUCAAAAUCUUUUGGCUAUUUUCUGAAGAUAUAUUUUUGCUACAAAUCUUCUGCUGGCUGCUUAUUUACUAUCCUGAAAUAUUUGCAGUUGUAUUUUUUAAUUAUUUUGAAAAGGAGAUUUUUUUUUUUACACCAUGGGCCUCUAUUAAUGUAGCUCAGUAAAAAUGUGUGAAUACAUAACAUUGAGGUAGGAGCAGCCAUCAGCAUUCAUUCUUGGAGCACUGUGUUAAGGAUCAGGUUACUCUUACUAAUGUGAACAUUGGAAGAGAAGCUCUUGAUGUGUUUACUCUUUGGUUCAAGCCAUGUUUUUGUUAUCGUCAGGCAUAAAUUACACUCAUUUUAUUUAUAAAUAUUUAUAUGUACAUUUGAAUGAUUUGGCUGAAGUCUGCCGUCCUUCUUAAUGUUGUGUUUGAAGGGGAUAAAACCCCUAUUUUGCACUAAUUAUUACUAAACUGUUACAGAGGCCUUCAAGAGUAUUCUUCAGAUUUGGGUUGCUCCGGUCACGCCAAGGGGUGUGUGUCUGUUUGGCUGAGUUGUUAUUAACAACAGGUUAUCGUCAAGAAACCAACACACUUGUUUAAGUGUGUGUAAAUUAUCAGAACUCCAAUAAGCGGUUUCUGGCAAGAAGGUGCAUUAUAUGUGGUUGCAGAUGCAUUAAAUUGCCUCCUUUGUUUGCCUUGAUGGGUGUGAUAAACAUAACUGCAUGGUAGGGGAAGGGGGUAAGAGAAGUGAGUACAUUGGUGCUUUUCUUAAAAGUUAAUGUGCUUGCUUCUCUGUUAAGGAGAAUUCCUGCCCUUUGAUGAGCAAUUUCAGCUGCUUUCUAUCAGUUUACUUUGUGCAACAUUAGAAAUACGGUUUCUAAAAAUGCCUUCUGAUUUUGGGUACAGUACUAAAAUACAAGUCUUGAAACAUUGGGCAUCUUGUCUUCCAACAGAAGGUCAUAGAUGCUGCAAGUGUAUCUUUGUGCAUUAUGAAUUGCCAUGGCCCCUGGCACCAAUUAAUGUGCCAGAUCACACACAACCAGAGCAACUCGGAGCAUAAAGAUCCUUGUUUUGUGCAUGUACAGCUGAGUGUCUUUGUGUUAGUUUAGGUUGAAACCUGGAAUCACUUUGCACAACUAGCCUCUCCUGUCGUAAAUGGGGCUACUUGUGAGGAAGUGGCUUCCAUGAUUGAAGCCGUAAAAACAAGUGUUUUUUGAAGCAGCUGAUUCGAAAAUGGCAUUGUAUGUUUUCCAGUCUUGGCAGGUAGAUGCCAACUUCUGUUAAUUUGGUUUUAUGCCAGACCAUGCAGUUUGUAAAGGGAUCUUUCUAAUGCAUUUGAAAGUGAUUAAUGUCUUUUUAUAUUAAAGUUGAAUAUGAAAUUA